AUGAUUCGAAAAGAACUGUCCAACUACCACCAACCAUUUGCUGCUGAAGGAACUACUGUUAAAAUUAGAGGCUCUUUGACUGAGAAAAAACCUGAGCAUCAAGAUUUGAUUUGGACCUCCAUGCCAAUUAUAGACCUGCCAUUUAUGUCACAAAGUCUUCAGAAAAUGAUAAAAAAUGCAGGAGCUCAUGAAGAACCACCUCCAAACUGUGUAACCAGUAACAUAAGAAACAUCUGUCAGUCAUCAUGUGAAACUGACCAGCUGAUCAAAACACGAGCUGAAGUGUUCAGAAGUUCCUACGCUUACCUGCAAGCAAAAAGAUUUGAAGGAAACCAGCUGGCUGGUCUUCCUGUUGUGUUGGUUGAAAAAGACACAAAACUUGUGAGGCCUGAUGACGUGUGUCUGUCACUCUCCUAUGAUCUGGACUUCAGACCAUAUCUGUACAAGAUUACUCCAGAAGAUGCAAUGUAUGCACCGUUCUUUCAGAAAAUCGGUGUGAAGAACGAAGCUACUGCAGAGCAAUAUUGUAAUGUUUUGGCAGCAGUUUACGCUGAUUCCUGUGAUAAACAGAAACUACAUUCGAACCAGCUGAGAACUGUGAAACGAGCUGUUGAGCAGUUGUUUAAGUUAAUCAAAACUCACGGAAACCAGAAGCUUCUUGAAUAUGUGGAGACUCUGUAUCUUCCUGCAGUAGAUGGUAAAUUAUACCCAUCAUCCACACUCUGCUACAACGACACAGUGUUUGAGACCAAAAGGUUGGAAGAAGCACUGGAGAACAAGUUCCUGCUGCUUGAGAAACUCGGUAAAUGUCAUUUGGGCAACGACAAGUAUGAGCAUCAUCAGCUGUUGCAACUGCUGCCUCAGAAAUUUCAGCCAAAGAUGCUGUCUGAGUUCACAGAGGAAAGAGUUGUGGAAUCAAAGAUGCAGCUUUGUGAACUUGGGACUGGCUGUGAAUUUAGUGGAUGGUUUGAUAAACAUCUCUCCUCAGGAGCCUUUAAAUAUGGAUUAAUUUGUCUUAUUAGAGAGAAUUCUCAAGGCAAAAUAACACAAGAAGCUGCUUCUAAACAUGUAAGCAGACUUUUGGCAGUAUACAGAUUAUCUGCUGCAAAACUUUGGAAACAGCUCUCUGGCUCGAUAAACAGCCACUUCCCAAAACUGAUGAAGAAACUGAUGUAUCUGUGGAACGAGGGCAACAAGGGUGCACCUUUUACUUAAAGCACAAUGAUGACAUGGCUCUCAAAGUGAUAAAUGAAGUCAUCAUGACACUGACAAAAGAGAUUAAUGUUCUUUUAGGAAACAGAAUUGCAUCGGUUCACCUUCCAGUGCUGGGACAACUCCUCAUGUGUGACGAUCUGCAAGAUGUUCGGAAAACUCUGGCUAAAAAUCAGAUCCGUGACAGUGCUGAAACUGAAAGUUCCUCUUUUAGUCCAGCAGCCCCUGGGACAGAAGUUCCAGAAGAAUGGCAUGAUUGUUUGGACAUGAAUGUCCUCAACAACUUUGAAGAGGGGGAAUAUGUUGGCUACAGCAUUGAUGACAAGUACAUUUAUGCAGUUAUUGUUGAAGAACUGCUUGGUCACAACGGACGAUAUUCAUGGAGAUACAAAAUAGAUAUUGGACAGGAUGAGCCCAUUGAAGUCAGCUGUGUUGAUCUGUUUCAGUUUAAACGAGAGAAAAA